GACAACUCCUUGGCUUUGAGGACCGCAAGCCAAGCAGAGCCGGCUCGGUCCCUUUGGAAACGUUUGGAAACGGCGCUCCCCCGUGAUCCCCUUUUAACUCCCCCCUCCCCUCUUUCUAAUUCCGCUUUGUGGUGUUGGAGCAAGGCUGGGAAAGUCCUGCCAGGGAAAGUCUCCGAGGCUUUCCCCCGAGCCAGAGCAAUGAGCCCCUCUCGCUAGCUAGACAAAGGAAGCUGGCCAAACACGGCGGAGAGAAGAAGAAGAAGAGAUCCAAUGAGGACUUGGGAUCUAAGGACUGCAGCCUGAGCGAGGAGAAAGAGGAGAGAGAGAAAGAGAAGAAAGCCAAGCCGUGAAGCCUCCUCCUCCUCCUCCCUCUGCCUGCUGCUCCCACCCGAGGUGUCCUGAAGCCCCGCGCGCGCAGCGGAUCCUUCCUCAUCCUCCCGGCCAUCCUUCCUUCACUUGCCGCCUUUUGAUUGACAGCUGGAGUGCCCCAAAAAGUCAUGCGAGUUGGUGGUGGGGUUUGAGACGCACUUUUUUUUUUCCACCCCCAGAAAACAAAACAAAACACCCAAUUUGGGGGGGAAAGGAUAUUUGCUUUCUCCCCGCCGCUGUCUUGGAAACCAGAGAGAGACAAGGAGAGAGGAAAAGAGACGGAGUGAAGAAGAGAGACAAGCGCCUUCCUUCCUUGCUCCCUUCUCCCUUUCUUUUCAUGCCGCUUCCCUGAGGUCCAUUCUGCUGGAGACUCUGACCAGCUCCACAAGCGACGGACGACUCUCAAGGAUUCUUUUUUCCCCUUUUUAUUAUUUUUUGGGGGGUGGGAGGGUGGGGGGAGAGGGUUGUUUUGUUUCUUUUCACCCUGGCCUUCCAGAGGAUAUAGUAGAAGAAGUCCACACGGCACGGAAGGGUCUCAAGCAGGCCGAUGGCGCAAAGGUACGACGACUUGCCCCACUACGGCGGGAUGGACGGCGUGGGGCUGCCGAGCACCAUGUACGGGGACCCCCACGCCGCGCGCUCCAUGCAGCCGGUCCACCACCUCAACCACGGCCCGCCGCUCCACUCGCACCAGUACCCGCACACAGCCCACGCCAACGCCAUGCCCCCCAGCAUGGGCUCCUCCGUCAACGACGCCCUCAAGAGAGACAAAGAUGCCAUUUAUGGGCACCCGCUCUUCCCGCUCCUGGCCCUGAUCUUCGAGAAGUGCGAGCUGGCGACCUGCACGCCUCGGGAGCCCGGGGUGGCGGGGGGCGACGUCUGCUCCUCCGAGUCCUUCAACGAAGACAUCGCCGUGUUCGCCAAACAGAUCCGAGCGGAGAAACCCUUAUUUUCUUCGAAUCCCGAACUGGAUAACUUGAUGAUCCAAGCCAUACAAGUAUUACGGUUUCAUCUGUUGGAAUUGGAAAAGGUCCACGAAUUGUGCGACAAUUUCUGCCACCGGUAUAUCAGCUGCUUGAAAGGGAAAAUGCCCAUCGACCUGGUGAUCGACGACCGAGAAGGCGGCUCCAAAUCCGACAGCGAAGACAUCACGAGAUCGGCGAAUCUAACAGAUCAGCCUUCCUGGAACAGAGACCACGAUGACACAGCUUCAACACGUUCAGGAGGAACACCAGGGCCCUCCAGUGGGGGGCACACAUCACACAGUGGGGAUAACAGCAGUGAGCAAGGUGACGGCUUGGACAACAGUGUAGCUUCUCCCAGCACAGGUGAUGAUGAUGAUCCAGAUAAGGACAAAAAGCGACAUAAAAAGCGUGGCAUUUUUCCCAAGGUAGCCACAAAUAUCAUGAGGGCAUGGCUGUUCCAACAUCUAACACAUCCUUACCCUUCAGAAGAACAGAAGAAGCAGUUGGCACAAGACACAGGACUCACAAUACUUCAAGUGAACAAUUGGUUUAUUAAUGCUAGAAGAAGAAUAGUUCAGCCCAUGAUAGACCAGUCGAAUCGAGCAGUAAGCCAAGGAACACCUUAUAACCCAGAUGGACAGCCAAUGGGAGGUUUUGUGAUGGAUGGUCAACAGCACAUGGGGAUCAGAGCACCAGGACUGCAGAAUAUGCCAGGGGAUUAUGUGUCUCGGGGUGGCCCGCUGGGCAUGAACAUGGGACAACCGAGCUAUACGCCACCUCAGAUGCCCCCACACCCUGCUCAGUUGCGCCACGGGCCCCCCAUGCAUACCUACAUUCCUGGACACCCACACCACCCAGCAAUGAUGAUGCAUGGAGGACCACCCCACCCUGGAAUGCCGAUGCCAGCAACUAGCCCCACAAUGCUCAACACAGGAGACCCAGCAAUGAGUGGACAAGUGAUGGACAUUCAUGCUCAGUAGCUUACGGGAAAACAUAUACUUUAUCCUCAGGGACGGCGAGUGUGAAACGAUGCCGUUCUGCAAAGACUUAAUGGGAGUUCCGUUCUUGGCAUCUAGUUUUGGACCAAGGAACAACCCUAAUUGUCUAUAUAUGGACCCUGAAAAGCAGGGAAAGGAAAAACACCAACUGAAAAAAAAAAACACACACACCUUCUGGGGACAUGCAAAAUAACUAUAUAAGGCAACAGAGUGGAAUAUUGUAAAAUGCUAUUAUUCUGUUAUCCAUAUACCUUGUUUCUUAUAGAUUUUUUAAGAAAAAAAAUGUGAAUUUUUUUCCACACUAUGUGUGUUGUUUCCAUAACUCUUCACUUCCUCCAGAAGCAGCCUCCUUACAUGUACAAAAAAGACGACGACGACGAAGCCUUACAGUUACCCUGCAAAUGACAGGAAGAUUUAUUUUCAGGGUUUUUACAGCAUUAAAAUCUCUACAAUGUUAGGCAGAAGAACAGCUCUUCUAUCCUAGGAUUUCAGCCAUGCACUCUGUAUUUUCUCCCUCUCCUUCUCUCUCUUUCUGUCUCCCUCCCCUCCUUUUUUUUCUAGCCCGGGGCGUGAAUUUGCAUGUCUAAUUCAUUUACUCACCAUAUUUGAAUUGGCCUGAACAGAUGUAAAUCGGGAAGGAUGGGAAAAACUGCAGUCCUCAACAAUGAUUAAUCAGCUGUUGCAGGCAAUGUCUUGAGGAGACUGGUAGGAAGAGGCAUGGAAACCAAGAGAAAAAAAGUGUAUUUGAACCUAAUUGUCACAUCAGAGCAUCAUUGUCCCCAUUCAACAGCCGCAACUACCAACAUCACUUCCUGUUUUAUGCCACUCAGAAACAUGAACUGAAGAGUUAUUUUUUACUAUGUUGACUUAUUUUUUGGGCAAAGCAUCAGUCAUGCAUUUUUCCAUAGUCCCAUCAUGGAGCAUAUAUGUAUACAUUGUAAAUAAAUUUUGUGCAAAAAGGACUGGAAAAAAUGAACUGUAUUAUUGCUUUUUUUUUCUUUUCUUUUUGUAAAAGUAGCCGUUUGGUAUGAGUUGGCAUGCAUACAGAUUUACUAAAUGGGAUAAGCUAAUUAUACUUUUGUUGUGGUUAAACCGAUGCUUGUCGAUAGCCUUUUUCUAUCCAGAAACCAAGGAGCUAAUUAUUAUUAAUAAUAACCAUUGCACAUUGAGUCUUAGAGUUUCUGAUCGAAGCUGUUUGGAUUGUACAAUAACUCAAAGCCAGUUGUAGUAGUUUGAGUGCAGUAAUGAAAUCUGAAUCUAAAAAUAAAAGCAAAUUAUUUUUUGUCA